AGGAGCGCCGCGCACCGCCAGCCGCGGGGGGCGUGCGAUGGGGGAGGCAGAGGAGGGGGGCGCCCGCACUGACUAGAGCCAACUGCAUCCUUCAAAAGGGUGUCGGGGCUGCGCUCCCCUCCCGCGCCCCGGGAACUUCAAAGCGGCCGGCGCUGCCCCGGCUGUUUCGCUCCGCUCUGGGGCCUCGCAGCCCCGGCGCGGCCGCCUGGUGGCCAUGACCCGGGCGCUCCGCUCCGCGCUCCGCCAAGCUGUCCUGCUGCUCGCUGCGGCCGCCGAGCUCUCCGCAGGAUUGAAGUGUGUAUGUCUUUUGUGCGACUCUUCAAACUUCACCUGCCAAACAGAAGGAGCAUGUUGGGCAUCAGUCAUGCUAACCAAUGGAAAAGAACAGGUGAUCAAAUCCUGUGUCUCCCUCCCAGAAUUAAAUGCUCAAGUCUUCUGUCAUAGUUCCAACAAUGUCACUAAAACUGAAUGCUGCUUCACAGAUUUUUGCAACAACAUAACAUUGCACCUUCCAACAGCCUCACCAAAUGCCCCAAGACUUGGCCCCAUGGAGCUGACUGUCAUUAUUACAGUGCCUGUUUGCCUCCUGUGCGUGGUUGCCAUGCUGACCAUCUGGGCACGCCAAGGCCGACAGUGCACCUACAGGAAGAAAAAGAGACAGAACGUGGAGGAACCGCUGUCUGAGUGCAACCUGGUGAACGCCGGGAAAACACUUAAAGAUCUGAUUUAUGACGUGACCGCCUCUGGUUCUGGCUCUGGUCUACCUCUGUUGGUUCAGCGAACGAUUGCAAGGACAAUCGUGCUUCAGGAAAUAGUAGGAAAAGGUCGAUUUGGUGAGGUGUGGCAUGGAAGAUGGUGUGGGGAAGAUGUGGCUGUGAAAAUAUUCUCCUCCAGAGAUGAAAGAUCUUGGUUUCGCGAGGCAGAAAUUUAUCAGACAGUUAUGCUGCGACAUGAAAACAUCCUUGGUUUCAUUGCUGCUGACAACAAAGAUAAUGGCACUUGGACUCAACUUUGGCUUGUGUCUGAAUAUCAUGAACAUGGCUCUUUAUAUGACUAUUUGAAUAGAAACAUAGUCACCGUGGCUGGAAUGAUCAAACUGGCACUUUCAAUAGCUAGUGGUCUGGCCCACCUCCAUAUGGAGAUUGUUGGUACACAAGGUAAACCUGCUAUUGCUCAUCGAGAUAUAAAAUCAAAAAAUAUCUUAGUGAAAAAAUGUGAAACUUGUGCCAUAGCAGACUUAGGGUUGGCUGUGAAGCAUGAUUCAAUAUUGAACACUAUCGACAUACCUCAGAAUCCUAAAGUGGGAACCAAGAGGUAUAUGGCUCCUGAAAUGCUUGAUGAUACUAUAAAUGUGAAUAUCUUUGAGUCCUUCAAACGAGCUGACAUCUAUUCUGUCGGUCUGGUUUACUGGGAAAUAGCCCGGAGGUGUUCAGUUGGAGGAAUUGUUGAGGAGUACCAGUUGCCUUAUUAUGACAUGGUGCCUUCAGAUCCCUCCAUAGAGGAAAUGAGGAAGGUUGUUUGUGACCAGAAGUUCCGACCAAGUAUCCCAAACCAGUGGCAAAGCUGUGAAGCACUCCGAGUCAUGGGGAGAAUAAUGCGGGAGUGUUGGUAUGCCAAUGGGGCAGCCCGUCUAACUGCCCUUCGUAUUAAGAAGACUAUGUCUCAACUUUGUGUCAAAGAAGACUGCAAAGCCUAAUGAUGACAAUCAUGUAAAAAAAAGUCUCUGACGGCUUUCUUUCCCACUUCCCUCUCUAUGUGAAUGUUUUUGCCUUUUUAUUAUUUUGUUGUUGUUGUUCUACCUCAAUGAUAAUACAGUACAGUAUUUAAGUGCCCAAAGGCAGCAUGAAAAGAUAACUCUAAAGUUAAGCAUGGGCUGGAGUUGACUUCAUCUAAUUUCAAUGUUGUCUUUAAUUUUAUUGUGAAAAACAAAACAUCACCUCAUCUUUUUAUUUAGUGAGAAAGAAAUUACAAAAAUGUAAGAUAAGCUAUAUAAAAAUAAUGAAAGUCCAUUAAGGUAUAAUUUUACUUGAACCAAGAGCACAUGAAUGAAUAGGAAAAAAAUGUAAAAGCACAUUUUUUUCUGAGAUAAAAAUAUACUCAUUAAAAAUGUGAACUAGAGCAUGUUAUAGCUAAACAGAACUUUAGAUCAUGCAAUCUGUGUUUUUCCCUUUUUAAAUUAGCAGGACCUUUUGAAAAAUAAUUAUUUCUGUGAAUCUUUAUCUAUAAAACAUGUAAGAGUGGAGCUGCUCAGUGGGAGAUGUGAGGUUGGAAUUCCAUUCGCUUGGUCUCCCCUCUCUAUUCCCUUUUCUUCAUCAUCCACUGUUGCAGCAUUCCUGAGACAGAUAGUUUGAAAGCCACUAACCUUGUUACUUUCUCUCACUUACAAAAGAGGCAACUGACUUCUUGAGACACUGAGAAAUGUCCCAAAGACACACAGCUAAUAGCAGAGCUGACACGAGGUCCAAAUCUUGUGAUAAUCGACACUGUAGAGUUAUCUAACUUCCUACUUUUCCUUUAAUUCCCACAGUGCUUUUCUCCCUAUGCAGAAAAAUCUUCCAUUAUAUUUAUAGUUUAGUCUUACAGAUGGUGUAUUGAGUUAUUUUGCAGAAUCGUAAUGGACCUGCAUGAAAUCUCAGAACCAUAUCUACCUACAUUUUCCUCAAAGAAAUAUCAUGGUUAUCCCAUUUAUUAAUGAAUAUUAACGUUUUCUGAGCACUUCCAAAGAUUAAUCAGACAUAAACAUCUGUUGUCUGAAGUUGUCUUUAAAAUGCAAUUCAGAGGUCCCUAUUACUUUGUAAAUACAUAUUUAGAAAGAAAGGGACAGAAGAGGAAAGAAAGAAAUAUUCUGAGAAAAAUUUUUAAAACUCUUCAAUGGAAUUAUCAAUCAAACCCAACAGAGGGCAUCAGCAACAGUAAUAGAUAUUCCCCUACCCUUUCAAAAUGACCCAAUGGGAGCAGAAGGUUUGCCUUCAUUCUGCUUUCUGUGGAGAUAGAGUGAUGAAUAUUUAACUGGACAUUAAAUGUUUCCAAGUCUAUAAUACUGCUCUGGUGAAGGAGAUUUAACAUGGUGUCUUUUAUUAUUCUAAAACAUUGUUUCUCAAACUCUAUUCCUUAGAACAUUCUUCUGCUGAGAUGAUCCAAAACCUGAAGUGUUCUUAUAUAGCUUCUUAGAAAAUGAUACUGCACACUAGUAUGUCAUGUACUUUGAGGAAUCUAGCA